AGGCUGAACCCGGACCCCCGUAUCUACCGCGUAGACAGGUGUUCACGACACUCGACUCACCAGAAAAGCGAAAGGAGCAGCGCUGGCUUGUUCACUCUACUGGCUGCGAAAAGGGAAAGUGGGAACAGUGUGGGACUUCGAGUUACUUGUACUUAGUUGUAGCUUGUAGCUUUCCAGCGGCAGGUGGAAUUGUAUAUCCUGUUGCAUUUUUACUCCUAGAUCCUCUCGCCUUGUAAAAUUGUGCUCCCACUUCUGGUUCUCGUUGCGACAAGAGUUUGUUACAUGGAAAUUGUUUUCAGAUCAGCCUCUGAUUGUGUAAAACAAUUGAGUAUUUCGAUUGUAUACUGCCCGGUCAUGAGUUUCCCGUUGUUUCGGUGAGAGUCUGACCGAUACCUCUUAGCCCUGAGUGAGUCACCUAUUUUUUUCGAUUGUCCUUGAAAUGGUUGCCGGACGGCCCCUGAGUCUGGAGGAGUGUGCCGACGAUAGUCCGUAUUUUCGAAGUCAAGUCAGCUUCUACGAGGAGGCUACUGAUGACCUGGAGAAGCGGCUGAGGCGGGUGGGUGCCAUCUGCAGGGAGAGAAAGGAGUUAUGGAAGCGAGACUGUGCCCUAUCCCGUGAGCUGCAGACGCUGGCUGAGGGAUUCAUGAAUCGGCACAUUGAUCCCAGCACAGCUCCCAGUGUUAAUAUUGCAUCUCCCCCACCAGGAACACCUACUUCUGAUUGGAAAGGCCUAAAUGUGGAUAGACGUAGCAGCGAUGCUGACCGUAACCAGUGUUUGUUGGAAUGUAUGGAGCAGACUGUAUCGUGUCUCAAACAACUUGAUGAGCACAGGGAACGUUUUCACGAGCAAGUUUCCAUGGCUGUUGUUGAGCCAUUGCGGAAAUUUGUCUCGUCACGCGUCCAAGAGGUACGCACUCUUGGCCAGCAGUAUCGAGAUGCCAACGUGGAAGCAUCGACUGCUGUGGAUCGGCUCUGUGCGUGCAAGCGGCACGAAUUAUCGGCAAUGGCAGAGGCAUCAUCGUCACUUCAUGAAGCCCGCCUUCAACAGCAUAUCCGAGCGUGUUCCUAUGUGCAUGCGUUGAAUCGUUUGCAUGCGGACAAGCAGCCUCACUUCGUACAAAGCAUGCUAGACUUUGUCAUGUGUGAGAUGACAACAUUUCGUCUCGGUAACAGUACAUUUGCAGGACUUGACGAAACCAUUAGCAGCACGUAUGGCACUCUAAAAGAGGUCACCGAUCAGAAAGAAGAGGAUCAUGCUAAGGAGAAGGAUCAAAUUAGUGCUGAACUGGAGGGCACGUUGACGAAGAGACUGGCCGUGCUGGAGACAUUCCACCGUGUUGACCUGCACUUGCCGAGUAACACAGCCACUGCUAACAUGGAAAGAAUGCUGGCCGAUGCGAAGCGACGUCAUCAGCCACACUUGCACCUGGGCGAGCAGGUGAAGAUGGGCCGGAAGAGCAGCGUGACGGCUAUACGUAGUGGUGAGAGCACCCCGGUCCAUAGCAAAGCUGGCUACUUGUUUCACGGCGAGCACCGUCCUGUCGUCGGUGUUAGUUGGCGACGGCAGUACUUCGAAAUUGAAAGUGGCUGGUUGCGAACCAUUUCGGAAGGCGAUGCACUGCUAAAGCACUACAGAGUCGAUGCCUGCGAUGGUGGAAAGCGGGGCAGCAAGCACACUGUCAAUGUUGACCUGCGCCUCUGUCUUGUCAAGCCCUCGCUACCCACGGAUUCAGAGCGCAACUUCUGCUUCCGUGUCCUACAUCCCAGCCAGAGCCUGCUGCUGCAAGCGGAGAGCUCUUUAGAGUUGAAGGACUGGAUGUCAUCAUUGCAAGCUGCUGCUGUGCAAGCGCUGGACAGCUCUACUACGGUCACCACCUCCAGUCCACCUUCGCCUUCACUCUCUGUACGGUCAGUCACAACAGUUAAGUCCGUGGCACCCAGCACCGCUAGUAUGAUUGUAGCGCCGCCGAGUGAGGUGGUGUCCGUCGAAGGAAAUGAGCUUUGCGCUGACUGCUUCUCGCCGCUGCCACGCUGGGCAAGUGUCAAUCUGGGCAUCACGCUUUGUAUCGAAUGUUCUGGUGUGCACCGCUCGCUGGGUACUCACAUCUCACAAGUACGUUCCAUGACGCUGGAUGAGAUGCGACCUGAGUGGAAAACGGCGUUGACCAGCAUUGGCAAUAAGAAAAGCAAUGCAACCUUCGAAGCCUUUCUGCCACCGGGCUUCAACCGCCAGUUUGCCACAGCCUCAGAUAGACGCCUCUUCAUUAAGCAAAAGUACGUGGAAAUGGUGUUUGCAGAGGAUGAACCUCGCGAGAAGAUUUGUGCACAGCGAGAACUUGAGCGAAGUGAACUGGCCCUUGAGCGAGAGAAGGCCGAAGAGGAACGCCAGCAAUGGGAGUUGGUGGAGGACUCCGCUGGUUUGUCAGCCUCUGCUCGCACUUCGACUACUAGCUCCGCACCCGCACCUAGCAAUACCAGUGCCACUCUCAGUCCGCCACGCAGUAGCUCAGGUAAUGGCAACAAGUCGACCUCCUCGCCCAGUGUCUUCCACCGUGUCAUAACCUCCUUGAGUAAGCACUAGUAAGUACAUGACAUUGUGCUGUUACUGCUGUCUGGUGCCAUUGCCGUAGGUCAAACCUUGUUCCUCGCUGAUCAUACAAGAUGAUAUAGUUGAUAUGAAGAUUAUAUGGGUAUUUAAUAUGACUUACCCAUCACAGGUAAAGAUGAAGUCCCGAUGGACCAUGAGCCUAUUUAUUGCCCCACUUUCUAGUUUAGUUAUAGUUUUACUUUCCGUGGCCUCGCUUCAUCACACUCCGAAAGAGACUGUCAGAUAUCCGUGUUGUUGUCUAAGAAAUCUGCCUACUGCUGUGCCUGCCAUUAGUGUUUGUCUGCUAAGAGGUUUGGCCUUGGCUACCUCUGCUCUUGCCCUUGCCCUUGUUCAACUAGUUUGUAACAUUCGUUGUUUUCACACUUUUGCGCUGGUCGUCUUGUAUUUGAUCACAACUGUUCUUGUAUCAUGAGACGGUCUCAUGCACGAGGAAUUUUACGCCCUCACAACGUUUCGGAUUCGGUAUGUUUUAAAAGGCUUUCUAAUCUCAUUCUACAAGCAUGCAACGCAUUGGUAGUGAUAGCGGUGUCUGCCUAUGAUGUCUGACCAGGCCAUGGAUUUAGUUACCCGUCGCAUAAUACUUUAAUUUGAGUUGCCCACACUUUUCCUUUCUUUCGCUUCUUUAAAAAUAGGUGUGCUAUUAUGCCAGUGCUUCAAAUUUCUCAAUCUAACCGUACGGAACAUAGUGGUAACUUUAGUGCCGUCAUAUUCUAGUGGAGUGAAUGCUGUGCACCGUCAUUCCUUUCGUGCUUUUAGAAGGGCUUUUCUUUAAGAAAUGCUGUGCUGUACAAUUUAGCUCUUCAUUGUGUGCUGCGUCCUAUGCUCACUGCUUCAUGGUCUGCGACAUGCACCACAUUUUGAAAAAGAGAGUUAUUUCAUAAUCUUCA